AUGUCUGUCUAUACAAUUCCAAGUCAAUUUAGAAGAGAGUUGGAGCUGGUUUCAAAGAACGCAGAAAUGGACGUGGCAAGUUUUAGCAGCAUGUUAUCCAGCCCUGUCAAUUUGUCGGAAAUGUGGCCAAAUCCGUCAUGGCUUAUAAUGGUUUUUGUAUUCAUUGCAGUACUUCGUAUUCUCAAGGUGUUCAGCUUUCCCGAAAAACCUGAGGUAAUAUAUGUGGACAAAUCAUCAGAAAAACACCAGGCUGUUGGCGAAGUACUUGCAAAGUGCUCCAUUCUGAAUGAAAUAUAUAAUCCUCCUCUGCUUUGGGGUCGUAAUGGUCACUUUCAAACGGCUGCCUAUGGCCUAAUUGGGCAUGCGUCACUGGGAAGAACGUUUGAUUCAAGACGUAUCAUUAAACUACCAGAUGGCUCAUCGGUUAUUGUUGAUAUAUUUGAACCAGUAGUAUCACAUUCAACUGGAAAAGACUAUACGUUAGCACUGUGUCCUGGUAUAGCAAAUUCGAGUGAAUCCAACUACAUUCGUACAUGUGUUCAUUAUGCGCAACAAAAUGGUUACAGAUGCGUCGUAUUGAAUCACCUUGGUGCUCUGUCAGAUAUUAAUCUCACUUCAUCUCGAAUUUUUUCUUAUGGUGGUAUCGAGGAACUGAAUGCAAUGAUGUUACAUAUUAGUGAAUUAUAUCCAAAUACACGUUUUAUAUCAGUUGGUUUUAGUAUGGGCGCAAAUAUAACAUCACGUUUCUUGCAUUAUGCUGAUCAAAAUCUGCUUGAUAAAAUUGUUAUUGGUUUAUCAGUGUGUCAAGGAUAUUGCGCUAAAACAUCAGCAUCAAUAAAUCUCGACUGGGAAAAUGGACGUCGUGCAUAUAAUUAUGUGAUAACAGAGAACAUGAAAAGACUACUGCGGCGAAAUUAUGAUAUGGCUGUAGCACCGUUCAGCAAAGCACGUCUUAUUGAUGAACAGGUGGGCUAUUUGCAUUUAAAUGUUAAGGUGGUCCACAAAUGUGCCGAAAAAAAUAUCAGUGGUGUGCAACGUUGCACUGUUUCGUUCAGUGAGCGUCUUUGGUGUGCAACGUCGAUAUUAGCGUUUGAUGAAUCGUACAGUCGUCGUGUAUUCGGUUAUUCAUCACUCGCAAGUUUCUAUGAAGAGUGCAGUUGUCUCCCACUUCUGCACAAAAUCACCGUGCCAAUGGUAUUCGUAAAUGCAUUGGAUGAUCCAUUAAUACCAAAACAACUAUGGGAGCCAGUGAAAGAAUUAGUGCAGGGAAAUCCUCAAUUUGGAUUCGUCCUGACUAAGCAUGGUGGUCAUCUGGGAUUUUUAGAAGGCGCAAGCGUAGCGCCAAAUUCAGUAACAUGGCUUGAUCGAUUUAUUGUUCAGUUGUCCAAUGCAGCAGUUGAUAUCUAUGAGAGUUGA